ACAGGAUUUUCUCUGUUCUUCUUCCUCAUAAACUGUGCAAAAAGUAAGUGAUCUGCAAUCUUUCGGCUUCCAGAGGUGUAAAUGCAGUAUGGCAGUAGAAGUUAAUCAAUGCCUCCUGGGCUGGGAUGAGUGGAGGAGAGAAGUGCUGGAGAGGAGGGAGAGGGUGAGUCUCUUUGAGAGGGAGGUUAUAGAGAAUGGGGAGUUGGGUGAGAUAAAGGAUGAGGCACGAGCUGUUGAUCCUGAUGAAAAGUUGAGGGGGAAUGAAAAUAGCAUCCUAGGACCGUCAACUUCUAAGGAACGAAAAGAAGAGGAAGAUGAAAGUAAGAAGUUGACAAAUGAGAAAGAAGCAGCCGCAUCUCGGACAACUCAAGAAGAAGAGUUUCAAGAUCAUCACAAAAAGUUUCAAAAGAAAAAGCCUACAGAUGAUGAUGAGGAAGCAGAACAUGCAAUGGAUGAAGAAGCAGAUAGUAAUGAUGAAGAUGUGGUGAAGAUUUACUGCAAAGGCGAUUAUCACACGGACAUAUUCCGCAACUUGGCAGAGUUCAGGGACUCUUUCCUUCUCACUGAUCUUACUUUGAGCACAGAGGAUAGGGGGAGUUUCCACGUACACUCCCCUGUUCUGGCUGCUGUCAGCUCCCAUAUCCGAGAAGGUCUUAGUAGAUGUAACGUAGGUAACGAUACAGUUGAUGAAAGAAAAGAUACAAGUGUUGGAGUCCACAGGUGGUCAGUGUCUCUGGGUCCAGAGGUGGAUAAUGUUGGAUUAAAGGCAGUUGUGGAGUUUGCCUACACUGGACUCAUAUCAUGUUUGAACAACAACACUGUGCACCAGAUUAAGGCUGCGGCUCAAACAUUGGGCGCCCCCAGGGUGCUGGAUCUCUGCAAUGAGGAGGGGGAAAAGUCCACAAAAACUGGAGAGAAGAAGAAAAAGAAAAGGCUCUCAGCUGCAGAACAAAUGAUGGUCAGUCUUCAGUCCAUCAAACAGCUGUGGAUGGACAGAGUGGGCUGUGAUGUCAUUCUAGAAGCUCUCGGAGGAUCACUUCAUGUCCACAGAGUCAUCCUGGCUGUGUGCAGUGACUACUUCCGUGGGAUGUUCACCUUGGGGAUGAGGGAGUCCCAUCAGCCCUGUGUGACCCUUCCCUUCCUUUUGGCUUCAGAGCUGGAGGUUCUAAUUGACAGCUCCUACACUGGGGCUCUCCCCCUCAGCUGGAAGUAUGUCUUUGAGAUCACCAGCACUGCUCUCCAGCUCCAGUAUCAACCCGCCCUCUCCUUGUGCCUUAACUUCCUGCAUCAAGAAAUAAAUCCUCACUCCUGUCUGGAUUUGGCAUCUUUUGCUGAGGCCUACGAGAUGGUGCAGCUUCUUGAAGUCGCAGACGAUUAUUUCCUGCGUCAAUUCCAAAAGGUGGCAUGCACCUCAAAGUUCAAGGACCUGCCAGUCAAACAGCUCCUGAAGUACCUGAACAGUCGCUCACUCUGUGUUCCAUCCGAGUUUGUGUUAUUCAAAGCAGUGGUGGCAUGGAUCCAAGCAAAACCAAAAUUAAGGCUGAAGUUUGCUGAAGAACUAAUGAAAACCAUCCACUUCUCCCUGAUGACGUCCAAGGAAUUCAAAGAGGUCCAAUCUCUGAAAAUGUGGUCUGAUCACAGCCUGGCAAAGCUCUAUAAAGCAGUUUUUGAGGAUUUCUGCUCCAAUGAAAGUCAGUGCCGGACCUAUUUGCCGAAAGAGAGUCUGGUCUUGAUUGGAGGUGACCAGAACUCUGAAGACAGCCGCAGCAUCAGCAGAGAACUCUGGUUUGGGAAUUCCUUAAGGAACUAUAAGAUGGAGGAAAGGGACAUGGAGUGGAGAAAGUUAGGAGAGAUGCCAGAGCCAGAGAGGUUCUGUCAUGAGGUAGCUGUCCUCAAAGGACAACUAUACGUGUUUGGAGGCAAGAAGUAUUAUGGCAUUAGCGACAGCGUGAAUUCUGUUUACAGGUAUGACCCCUUUCAAAACAACUGGGAGAGCCUGGCUGAAAUGCAACAAAAGAGAUGCUCUUUCUCUGUGGUUGUGCUGGACGGAAAGAUAUAUGCCAUUGGCGGACAUUGUGCCGAUGAAUAUAUAGAGAGUGUGGAACGCUUCUGCCCCACUGGAAACUCUUGGAACUUCAUGUGGCCCUUGGAUCUGCCUCUGGGGGGCCAUGUAGCAAAUGUUUCACAAGGGCGGAUCUUUGUCUCAGGAGGGUUGAGCAGCCACCACCAAUUUCUUUCAUCCAUGUUUCUUUACCACCCAGAGACAGGAAGCACUUAUUUGGCAAACAUGGCCAAACCUCGAGCAUGUCACUGCAUGGUGACCCUGGGUGAAUGUCUUUAUGUAGCGGGUGGAUUCACUGCAGCUGAUGACAUGAGUUUUGUUGACCAGCUAGCCUGUGAAGUGUACAAUCCAGUGGCUGACUCCUGGACUGCCUUCACACCUCUGCCAGUGCCACAUAUAGGAGCAGGAGGUGCUGUUUUGGAGGGGAAGUUUUAUGUGCUGGGUGGAUACAGCCAGGAGAACUACCGUGACACUAAGAUGGUCCAUUGUUAUGAUCCCACCACACAGAGCUGGCAGAACAUGGGCAAGAUGCCUGGGCCGAACAAUGACAUACGAGCAACUGUGCUGUAUUUGCCACCACAAUUCCGAUUGUAAGACAUGGUGACAUACAUGUAUGUCAUUAGUGUAUUGUUGUUUUAUAGUUUGAUACUAAAUGUUAGGUUACCUAUUGCAUGUUAAUAACAGUGAUAUUUUUGUAAUUUAGAAAACAUUCUUCUACGAUGUAAGGAUGUUUAAAAUGUAUCUCACCACAGUUUGAUAUUUUGAUCAAGGUAAAUUUAUCUUACACAGUACCUCAAUGAAACCUAGAGGCAUGCAAA